GCUAGCGUCAGUCAGUUGCCCGCGAGCAGUGAAAUGUAUUAGACCGCUGGUCGACGAGUAAUAUCAGUGCACUGUGUGCGACCUGUUACGGAAUUGACUUUUCCUUCGGUGGGUGGGAGAGGUGCUUCCGUGGAGUAGUGGAUUCUCUAAGGAUAACCGCAUAUUUUCUCUACCGUUCUCGUACUAAAGCUGCUGUCAUAGAACGGGGGUGGAAACUGAUUCAUUCUGCUGCAGAUAGGAAAAUAAUCUCGUAUCAGUGAAAAUGUGGAUAAAGAGGAAAGCGCGCGCUUGUGGGUAUCAUUGUGCGAGAUGAAAUUCAACCAGAUGUAAUAGGUGAAAAAAGGAAAUAUAAUAUUCAGUACAGUGAACAUCCCGGAGUGUAGCGAAAAGGAAAUUGUACCAUAGUGUUUUAACCUUCAACAUGCUUCUGAGCAAGCAGGAAGGAUGCAAAAUAAUAUGUGGCUAAAUUGAUGUGAUAGAAAAUCUUACAUAUUACAACGGAAGUCUGCAGUGUUAAGAGAUAGUGUUGAAAACAAAUAAAUACUAAAGUGCUGGGUCAACAUAAGGAAACAUGUGUCAUUUCGCAACAUUACUAUCUGCCGCUGCGGAUUCUCACUGGCUGCAACGAAUAUGUUGCGCAGAAAUUCAGUACAAGAGAGCAGUGGUGCGAAUUUAGGUUAAUUUGAUAGUAGUGUCACCUGAUAAUCAAAAGGCGAAGAUACCCAAGGUUGAAUCAAAUCUUCCCCGUUUUUGUUCAGCCUGUUUGAGCAAGUUGCAAUUCGUUAGUGUUUUCUUUUGCAUUUAUUUAUUCACUAAUUUAUUUAUUUAUAUAAAAUAUAUGUACACAAAAAUUGCAAUCAUGACCACAAUGCUACUAGCGGGAAAGUCCUCGGUUUACCUACUGGCGUUAAUCGUGGAACUUAAUCUUCUAAUGAUGGCCAAUUGUGGCACACUUGGAGGACUUGUGGCUCCCAUAGAAGUUAUCGAAGAAUGGGGCUGCUACGAUUCAGAAAUUCGGUUAACCUGUGGGAAUUUAGAUUCCACGGUGGCAGUCUUGGAAGCCAAAUUUACACCCCGCUGUUAUGAGGACCGAGCCGAGGACUGUGUCUAUCUGGACGAAGACAGCAUCACCCGUUCGUUUUCCUCUCGAAAGGUAGACAAACUGACGUUGGAGGAAAAGGAAGCUGGUGAACGAUUUCUCCACACAUUGAGACGAAACCAUGAAAAUAGGCGGCUUAUCGAGGAAACUAGUCCAUCCGUCGGUGCAGUGCAAGUAGCCAGCGUGCCGCGAACCACGAAGGAUAAACGUAGCUCUCUGCGGAACACUUUGGAGCAUAUGAUAGUUCGAUAUUUGCGACGGAUUACUAGCAGUGAUGAGGAUGAGGAUGGUAACGAGAACGGUGGUUAUGAGUCUUCCUCAACUCGUUAUCGUCGCCAGGCGAGGAUUGAUGGCAAUGAAACAACGGACGUGACCAGUAACGAAGGCUUGGCCAGUUCGGUCGAAAUCACUUUGCUCACCAAUGAUACAGAUAGUGAAAAUGGAAGUGCGUUUGGUGAUACAAGUGAAUCAACCAGAUUACCAUCAACGGAUGGUGUCUUUGAAAGUGUCGUGGAAAGUGUCAAUGUGCCAUUAGGCACGCCCGUGUCAAGUGUCGGUGGAAGUAAUUCGAAAAUGAUCGACGAUAGUGAUGAUGGUGAGAAGCUGACCGAUAAAGAGUGGAAUCGUAAAACGAAAUCGCGCGAAUGUACCAGCAUUCGUAAACGUGUCGCCCAGUUGGAUAAGAUCGAGUUGGAAAAAUCGCUGCGGAAUGAUUCCUUCCGGGAGUACAACAUUCGCAACGCUCUCAAUUACCG